AUGAAAAAACAAGAAAUUAAAAGGUUCCUGAGAGCGCUUGCAGUUCUUGCUUUUCUUAUCGCAGAGUGCAGGGGAAGCUCGAGCGGGCACAGUGAGUAUCUAGGAAACAGCCCAGAUGCGCACGGAGCAAAGCAGAAAAACCUAGAUCCGAUGGAUCCUGGAGUUUCUUCUGCUGCUCAGAGCUCUGUAGGUGAUGUUUCAGGCCAGAGCGAACCCAAAUAUUUUAAAAGAAUAAAUGAAAUGGAAAAUCAAUCUGGCAUGUCUAAACAGUACAUCGCAGCUAGAAUAGGAAAAAGCGGCUGGUACGACAGGCUGGACAGCAUGCCCGAGCCAGUGCGGAAGAGAAAAAGAAAAGGAAGUCAAAUGAGCGAAUUAGACAUUUGUGCUAUUGGUGCAUCAAUAGACGAUGAUCCUUUUGCAGAUAAAUUUGAAUGCAUUGACACACUAGACAAAAUGAUCAACUGGAUAGGCAAGGUUGAGCCGCCCAUAGAGACGAAAAGCGCAGACGAGCCAAACGAUCUGGAUGAUUCUCUUAUAAAGGAGUUUGAAGGCAUUGACACACCGGAGAAAAUGAUGGACUGGAUCGGCGGUGAGAGCGAAGAAUCUGCAGAAGAGAAAAGUGCAGACGAAAUAGAUGAUCUGGAUGACUCUCUUAUAAAAGAGUUUGAAGAUAUUGACACACCAGAGAAAAUGAUGGACUGGAUUGGCGGUGAUGCCGAACAACUUGUAGAAGACGAGAGCUCUGAUGAAAUUACCACUAUCGAGCCAGAUCACAGUGAUAAGGCCUCUAAAGAACCAGAAAAAACACUGAAUAAAGCAGACAGCUCAAAUGCUUGCCCCAUCCUCCAGAUUCUAGUAAAGAAAGAAGAACUAAAAAAAGAAGAGCUACCAAAUAAAAUAUCUGGUGCCUCUGAUUCACAGGAAACAGUGUCUGAAACAGCAGCAGACAUUUCUGCUGAAGAGUUUGGCACUUCGCUGUGGACUAGCGGUGAGAGACUAAGCAAUGCGAGAAGAAAAAGCUACAGGUCUAAGCACAAAACAGUGUAUAAAUCUUCUCUCUAUGAUGCAGAAAUAGGCAUGUAUGUAGCUAGCACAGUAUAUAAGGGAAAAUUUAAAAAAGCGAUUGAGGAUUUUUGUGCAAAAACCGUCUUUUCAAUAGACCAGAAUCCGCUGUGGUACUUCAUCAUAAGCAGAAGCACAACAAUAUGCACAAAGUACAAAGAUCUUUUUGGACUGAAAGAGCUGUUCAGGAGCAUAAAAGACGUUAAAUACAAGAAAAUGGUGGAGCGUCUAAAAGGAUACUACCCCGGUGUGUUUGAUGACAUGAUAAAAUACAUUCAGAAGAACCGGCCAAUAAAAAUUAGCAAAGACAAGAAGCUGAGUGUUUGGAAGGAAACAGUGGGCGAUAUAUACCUGCGAGAGUAUCUUCAGCUAAACUACUGUUUGAUAGACGAGCACGAAGAGCUCAGCCAGAUCGACGAGAAGUACCACGAGGUGGUGUAUGCAAUGCGCAUGAUUCUGACGCUUCCUGAAGUCCAUCAAGACUUUUCUAGCAUCACCAAAGAGCACAUAAAAAAAACAUAUACUAAUGACGAUAUGUUUAUAAACAUGCAACACAACAUAAUUUUAACGGGCAUACACAAGCUAGCGCAAAUGCAUGCAGAAGAGGAGAUACAAGAAGACAUAUAUGCAAAUAUCCAUGCAGCUCUUGAAAAAAUACAUGGCAAAACAAUACUGGAGAAAUUAUCAGCAGUUAAGCUGUACAAAGAAAUCUACACGAUUGUUGGAAUCUUCUACGAGAACGCAGAGGUAAUCGAUAAGAGCAAGGACUAUGUGCUAGUAGGAAAACCCGUAAUAACAAAGCAGAAGUACAUGAAAUGCAGGGCUGUAGUCAAUACAACAGCAGAUGCCUGCGGUAGAAUAUCUCCGCACCCCACAUACUCAUUAAAGAUAAACAGAUGGACUGUUUCAUCUCAUGUGCACGAGCACUACCACGUGUACUAUGUGGACAAUGCAACAAACCAGCCCAGGACGCUGUGCAUGCCCGUAUACGAAGAUGGCAGCGGACAGAAGCACUAUAUGCACUCAAUUGGAGACACGGUAAAGUACAUCAAGAAGCUCUACAAAAUAAAGAAAGAGAGCGACGGUAUAUACCCCUUUAAAAUGAACAAAAAAAGCAAAAUGUGGUCGUAUAUCGAAAAAAGCGAGAGAGAGCAAACAGUAAAGGAUCUACCUGAGUAUCAAGUAGUGUUCUACCGCAUUGAAAAAGAUCUGAUGGAAAAAAAGUUUACAUUUGCAGAGUUUAGGCCCUUAAAGGAGUACGAUGAGAACAAUAUUUCGAUUCCGCUGUUUCUUACGCCGUUCAUGCAGGCUGCCGUAGAGCUGGGGCCUUUUACUAGAGCAAAAGAGCACGCAGAGCUAGAGACUAUAAAGUUCGAGAACAAGAAGGCGAGUGUGUACACUUAUGACGAAAAAUACAAAGGAGAAAAAUACUCAGAGCUGCACAAAUACUAUUGCAAUCUAUACAUAGUGCCAAACAAAGAAAAAAGAAGAAACACAGAGUGCUAUAUGAUGAACUGCACCUUUGCUGAACAAGCAGAUAGCACAGUUGAAGCUACAUGGUAUGUGAGAAUGCCCAGCAGCAGUGUAAAUUCGUACACACACUGCAUACUCGAUGAAGCCCUAAAGGGCGAUGAAAACUUUGAAAGCUUUAGCACUUUCAUUGAAACAGUAGAGGAAAGGAAGUACAAUAAAGACAGCACUAUACAGAGCUUCUGGCUGAAAGACACAGACACAGAAGACAGUGAAGACACAAAAAAGAAGCAAACGCUGUGCAAUUGGAUAGUGGAUGACAGCACAUGCAGCCACUCUGUGAGCAAGAAAAAGCUGAAGGACAUAAAGACUAAGAUAUCCAGAUUGCGGAAACAAUUGAAAGAUGUUUUAGAAGAACAGAAGUCUUUAAGGAAAUCAAGAAAAAACGAAACAGUAGAGGAAAAGCGAAAAAAUAACAGCUUGAGCUCUGAGAAAUACAAAACAAAAAUUAAGCUGGAAAAGCUGCACAAGGAGCUAUACAUAAAGUCUUCCAGAAGGCCAGACCCGCAGGCACAGUUUGUGGUGUUUCGGUGUGUGAAUGAGAGCAAUUCCAAUCUGGGCGCACACAAUGAGAUUCUUAACUCCUUGAUUGCAUCCUACAACAGUGAAAAGUAUCCUAGCAACAAUAAAUAG